ACUAAAGGACUUCUCAUAAAUUCCGGGUAGGUUGUAGCUCUUUGUUCUCCUCUUUGUGAUCCGAAUUGGGUGAUUGUAGGGUUUGUCAAAAGAAGUGACAUGAUUCGUGAACCGCCGCCACCGACAAUACCUCAGAACGUGGCUUCCUCGUCAGUAGCAGGGGUUCGUGGCGGAGAUUUCUCUGACGCUACGGAGACCCCGCCGGAGAAGAAACAGAAACUUGGUGAAGAGGUCGAUUGCAAGACUUCGACUUCCGCCGGUGAUGAGGAUGGUAUGUCCAGUUCCGUAAAAGCUCAGUAUAUUGAUGGGUAUGAUUCAGAAGAGGAGAUUGAUGAAGCUGUUUGGGACAAGUACCUCCAACAGAUCGAGGAGAGCGAGGGAUUUGACGUUAAAGACAUUCCAAGACCUAGCUUGAUGACUACAGUUUUCCCAUUGACGGGCUUCUCGAAACAUCCUGAGAAUGUCGUCAUGUUGAAGGGUUAUGCAGAAAAGGCACUUAAGAAAUACAAUGAUGAUUAUAGCACCUGUUGGGAGGUUGAUGAUAUUUUGAAGGUGAAUGGAGGUGGCUCUUGUAGCUUCAUUUUCUAUAUUACCCUUUCGGUUAAGACACAUAAAGGGGAAAAGGAUUAUUUUCAAGUUAAGGUGGUGAGAGAUUUAGAUGGUCAUUUGGACUUUCCCAUCGUCAGGCCCCAGCCAAAGAAAGAUUCGGAUAUGCAGCCAAAGAAAGAUUCGGAUAUGCAGUGAUCUGAUCGAACAUCCUUUUGGUACUAAGCUUUGGGCUUUGUGUUAACAUUUAGUGAGGCUCAUUGAACAUGGUUACUAGCUCUAUGAAUUUAUGCUAUUUAAGUUCUCUUUGUACUUUUUUUUUGUUGGACAUGUAAAAGUAGUAGUAAAAACCAAAGUAUCUGACUUCUUCAUUUAAGUGGAAAGAGCUGCUUAUCUUCUCUUUUCUUUAUUAUAUAUAUACUGGUGAUGUUGCCAGAGCUAUGCUCAGGCCCAAUGGCUAUGUGAACAAUUUAUGUCUAAAUAUAUAUAUCCUAAUUUAAUU